CGGACUCCCAAAAAGCGAGAAACUCAAAUCUAGGGUUUUGUACGAACUUCCGCCUUCUUCAGGAAAUAUGCCUCGUUAUGAUGAUCGCCAUGGCAGCACUCGUCUCUAUGUUGGCCACCUGGCUUCACGUACAAGAUCUCGUGAUUUGGAAGACAUUUUUAGCAGAUAUGGAAGAAUACGCGAUGUGGAUAUGAAGCGCGACUUUGCCUUUGUGGAAUUCAGCGAUGCAAGAGAUGCUGAUGAUGCAAGAUAUAGCUUAAAUGGUCGUGAUGUUGAUGGAAGCCGAAUAGUGGUGGAGUUUGCUAAAGGGGCUCCACGUGGCGGUGGCGGCGGCGGGCGUGAUGGUGGCGGUCGUGAUGGUGGUGGCCGUGAUGGUGGUUCUCGUGAGUUUCUUGGGAGAGGUCCUCCACCGGGGUCAGGGCGGUGCUUUAAUUGUGGGCUUGAUGGGCAUUGGGCUCGUGACUGUAAAGCUGGUGAUUGGAAGAACAAAUGCUAUCGAUGUGGUGAACGUGGUCAUAUAGAAAGGAAUUGUCAGAAUAGCCCAAAGAAAGUCAAUGCUGAAAGCAGGCGUGGAAGGAGUUACUCGCGGACCCCAUCGCCACCUAGGCGUGGAAGAAGCCGUAGUCGUAGUUUUAGCAGGAGUCGUAGCUACAGCCAAUCAAGGUCACCUGUAAAGAGGGAGAGGGAGAGAGAGAGGAGCAUGGAACGUGCAGAAAGAAGAUCGAGAAGCCCAAGGAGACACAGGGGGGCUUCACCACCACCAUCAAAAGGGAGGAAGCGCAGCAGCAGCCCAUCGCCUGAUGACAGAACCGCCGCCCGAUCACCUUCGUCAUCACCAAGGCGGCCCAAGAGUAGGAGUCCCAUGGAGGAUGAUGAUGGUGUCCCUGUUGAAGAAAAUGGACACAGUAGGAGCCCUAGCCCUGCUCCUAGAGGCAAUGGUGGGACCGGGACCGGGACACCUGUUGAGGAGGAUGAUGAUGUCAACAAUGCUUCACCAGAGGGGAGUGAAUCUGGUUAAAUCAAAAUGGUGAAUUUGCCAACUUUUUAAGGAUUGAGGAAAUAUAUUCUCAACUAUGACUUUCUUGAUUUUGGACUAGUAUGAAUGAUGGAUGAUGAUGUUAAACAAAAUAUAACUGGAGCAACUUGAUUUGUUAUAUUUUCUGUGUUUUUCGUCUUCUUUUUUCUGCUUUAGGG